AUGGGAAGCCCAAACCACAAACACACCAGAAUCUUCUCUCCUUACCACCCCAAUUCACCACCAUGCACCCGCAUCCACCAGAUUGGGGCUCUCCUCUUAGUCGCCACCACUUUCUUCCUCACUCGUCUCUUCGAUCACUCCUUCUCUACUUGCUAUCCGUCCUCCUUAAAUCACGACCACACAUCACAAAACGUCGUUCACGUUUCCGACGGUGGAUCUCUCUCCUGGCCCCAGCGAGGCUACGGCUCGUACCUCUCCCUCAAGAUCUAUGUCUACGAGGAAGACGAAAUUGACGGAUUGAAAGAACUCCUGCGAGGCAGAGAAGAAAAAAUCUCUGCUGAUGCUUGUGUUAAAGGCCAAUGGGGAACUCAGGUUAAGAUACACAGGUUACUAUUAGAAUCGAGAUUUAGGACUAGAAACAAAGAAGAAGCUGAUUUAUUCUUUGUGCCUGCCUAUGUUAAAUGUGUACGGAUGAUGGGUGGUCUGAGUGACAAAGAAAUAAACAACACUUAUGUCAAGGUAUUGAGCCAAUUGCCAUAUUUUAGACUAUCAGGAGGCCGUGAUCACAUUUUUGUCUUCCCUAGUGGUGCCGGCGCUCACUUAUUUAGAUCUUGGGCGACGUACAUUAACCGUUCCAUUAUUCUUACUCCUGAGGGGGAUAGGACUGAUAAGAAAGAUACGAGUGCCUUUAAUACGUGGAAAGAUAUUAUCAUUCCUGGGAAUGUUGAAGAUGGGAUGACUAAAAGAGGGGCAGCAAUGGUUCAACCCCUACCGUUAUCAAAGAGGAAGUAUUUGGCUAAUUAUUUAGGCCGUGCACAAAAGAAAGUUGGUCGCCUGAAAUUAAUAGAGCUUGCAAAUCAGUAUCCAGAUAAGUUGGAAUCUCCAGAGUUGAAGUUCAGCGGCCCUGACAAAUUUGGAAGGAUGGAAUAUUUUCAACACCUGCGCAAUGCCAAGUUCUGCCUUGCUCCACGUGGAGAGUCUUCUUGGACACUUCGGUUUUAUGAGUCUUUUUUUGUGGAGUGUGUCCCGGUUAUAUUAUCAGAUCAAGCAGAAUUUCCUUUCCAAAACGUGAUUGACUACACUCAGAUAUCAAUCAAAUGGCCAUCUACUCGAAUAGGGCCAGAACUUUUGGAGUAUCUAGAAUCAAUUCCAGAUGAAGAUGUAGAGCGGAUGAUAGCUGUAGGUAGACAAGUAAGAUGCUUGUGGUUUUAUGCUCCAGAAUUUGAAUCUUGUUCCGCAAUGCAAGGAAUAAUGUGGGAGCUUCAGAGAAAAGUAAGGCAAUUCCACCAAUCAGCUGAGACAUUCUGGCUGCACAAUCAAACUAUUGUUAACAGAAACUUGGUUGAGUUCUCCAGCUGGAAGCCUCCCAUGCCUUUGCCCUGA